CACAACAAGAAACAUGGCUCUUGCUCAAAGUAUUCUCUAUGUGUGGUGUUUCUUUUUAUGCUUUACAAACAUUGUUUGUAUUGCACCACAUUCCAAUCUGAAAGGAAAUGUAGAGUCUCUACUGAAGUUAACUCCCUGGAACUGGAAACAUCUGAAAACAUCCGUCAAAGUGGACACCCCGGUCUCUGUUGAUAUUUCUCUUCUGUCUCACUACAGACUUACUGGGAAACAUUUCAACAAGUAUCAGAAACUUCAAAAACAAAGAGACUGUGCUUCUAUUCUUAAAUCCAUACCCAACACAAAAGGGAAAGAUGGCGUCUACUCUAUAUACCCGGAAAUGAAGACAGAGAAACUGGUGUACUGUGACAUGACCACAGAGGGAGGUGGUUGGACGGUUAUCAAUAGGCGGAUGGACGGCUCAGUAGAUUUUUAUAGAUCCUGGGAUUCGUACAAAGAAGGAUUCGGUAAUGUGGAGGGAGAAUAUUGGUUAGGAAAUGAACCCAUUCACUUACUCACUAAGAGAAGCCAAUGUGAACUGAGAGUAGACCUUCAGAAAUUUUCUGGCAAAAAGGCGUUUGCAAAAUAUUCAAGUUUUUCUGUCGGAAGUGAGUCCCAAAAAUUCAAAUUGACAGCCACUGGGUACAGUGGUACUGCAGGAGAUAGUUUAGCUUAUCAUAAUGGAAGACCAUUUUCCAUGAAGGAUGCAGGCAAUGAUUCAUGGAAGAAUUCCUGUGCUGUUGAUAGGAAAGCUGGGUGGUGGUUCAAUGGUUGCGAUUAUUGUGAUCUGAACGAACCUUAUUUCACAUCUGCAGUCAAAACGGAUCGUAGUGUUCGCAGAAGGAUAAAACGGAAAGGGGAGGAGAACUCCAUGCAGCCCCAAACUUUGUAUACAGGGUGUACAUCUUCUUUGUAA